GUCGUUCAUAAAUCCAAUUCGAUAUGCAUUUUUAACUAUUGCCAUUGCAAAAUACGACGCCGAAAGAAACGUAUGUCAGUGGAGUUGUUCGGUGAUUAAUUUCUUGAAUAAAGAUGUGCAAAUAAAGUCAGCUGAAGUAAAAAAUAUUAUAGUGUGAUUUGAUGCUUGCAACGCAAAGUUUUAAUUGCAAAGUGAGUGUAAAUAACCUUUUAUAAGGCAUAAAGAAGUUUCGAAUAUUUAAAUAUUUUGUACAAUUGGCAUAUUUGCCCGCUAGUACCUCUAGUUGAUUUGCUGCCUCCUGCGUUCGUAUAUGUGUGAAUUUGUAUGUGUUACUUUACGAUAGAAGCCGGAAAAGUAUGUAAAGUAAUUAUAAAUAAACAAAAAUAUGAGAAAAGUGCAGUGCUAAUAAAUGGAAAAGUGUCUAAUUCUAUUAUAAGCGAUCAAUUCAUAAAUUAUUUGUGAAACAAAAUAAUUUUUAACGGUAGCUCAUACAACACAAUUCAGACGAGCCCGCCACUCCUUCACAGGAAAAUUUUUCAAUUGUCUGCAAUCGCUGCUCUGCAAAAUUUUGACUCGGCAGUGAAUGUAGGAAUAACAUACAUAUGUAUAUGUAUAUGUUCCCACUGGAGCAUAAGACUAGCUGCUGGAGCCGAGAUGGUGUUUUAGUGUAUGUGUUUCAUGAGCCUGUAAAUAAGGAAGCCGAAUAGCAAACAGCAGUAGCUACCACGGCCAGUUUAGGGAGUUAUUUGUCUGCAAAUAAUCAAACGGAAUAUUUUUGCAGCGGCUGCAAAGGAAUAAAAGUAAAUACAGAGAAAAUCUAUGUUUAAAAAGUGUGCAAAGGAAAAUGUGUAGUGAGCUAAGAUCCUUAAAUGUACAAGAUAAAAAUAUUUUAUAAUAAUAUGCGGUGAAUCGUGCAAAAAAUUAUCCACUUGUAUACAGUUUGCUACAAUUUCACAUUUCUAACGAGACGAGCAUUUUGUAAAUCAAACGAACACAAACGAUAGCAGCGAUUGCAAAAUACGAACUUUUUCGCCUCUCUUUGCAUACGAAAACUAAAUUUAUUUUGUAAACAAACAACAGUCCAGCCGCCAGCAGCGUCGAAUUCAUUCAUUUGUGAGUAGUCGGCGGAACGAACAAUUGUUGGUGUGCUGUUGGCAGUGUACCGUUGCUGCAUGAAUGCACAGCUGCAGCUGGACGACGAGCGCGCAGAAGGCGGCGGAACAAUAGGAAGUGCCAACAGCAGCACUGAACGCUGAAUAGUGGUGGCAACAAACAUGUUGCAACAAAUUAAGUGGCAACAACAGCAACUGCAACGACAAUAUAAUAAUAAACAACAAACGCAGCAACAACAACGAAUAACAAAAUAACCAAACAACAAUAAAUGAACGAGUGAAAGGUACGAGGGAACGAACGAGACGAGACGAGCAGGCAACGAAAGCCACAGACCAAACAUAAAGUGCAAAUGCAAAUGCAAAAAGUCAUUCCACCAGCCACCAGCACACAGUUGUGGCCUUCAAUGGAGGCGGCAUAAUAGUUUGGUGAAUGAAAGCAAAAACAACAACAAAAGACACAAAAUAAAUAAAGACUUCGCUAUAGCGUCACACAUAUGUAUGUACGUACGUAAGACAACAACAGCAACAAAUAAAAACAACUAUAACAAUAACAAAAACAAAAGACUAACCAAUCAACGGAACAAACAACUGUUGCUGCUCGCAAAAAGCAACUAAAUUUAGCUGCUGCAACAACAAACCCAACAAACUAACCAAGGGACAUUCACACUUCUCCACUGUCAUCGCUGACGCACGAAAGAGCUGGAAGCAGCAUAGCAGGAGCCAAACGAAAAAAGACGAAACACAACAGUAUUUGUGCAAUUUGCAAAUUUUUAUUUUAAGACGACUCUCGUAACGCUAUUGAAUCUAACUCUUCACAGCCAAAAUGGAGAAACCCAUACAUCCGACGCCAGUUGGUAAAGUUUCGCAAAUUGCGAAUCUCUUCCAGCGCAAACCCAUCGAAAUACAACCGGUCGAACAGUUAAGCGCCGCAGCCGCUGCUGCUGCUGCUGCUGCCGCCGCCGCUGCCGCCGCAGCUAAUCAGCAACAACAAGCCGGAGGUGGUGGAGUCGGCAUACCAGCCACCGUUGUACGCACUGAAUCACAUUCGGCGCGUUUCAAUAAUGCACGAGCCCUCUUCGAGAAGCUCGGCGUAGAGAAUAAUUCAAAUUCGAAUGUGAAAAUGUCACGUUCUGGCUCGCGUGACGAUAAUCUCUGCGAAGGUAAUAGUUCGGAUCGUUCGUCGUCGCGUUCGUCAGAUCGUUCGAUAUCGCCACCGAAACGACGCUCACCAUUUCCACCCGGUUGUAAUGUGGCCGCUUCAUUGGCGAAUAAUAAUAAUUGUGCACCGCCACCACAGCUGAAUGGUGGUUUGGCGCUGAGUAACAGUAAAUUUAUCGUAGAACCGGGUGCGAAACUACAUCACAAUAUAGCACGUCACAAAUCGGAAGACGGUGUGUUGAGUGGUCCAUCGGUGGGCGGUGUGAGUGCCAUACUCUCAGCCGGUGGCGGUAGUGUCGAUAAGCCGGAGAAACCGGAACGUAAAUUCAAUUCACGCGAAUUAAUCGAAAAGCAAAAGAAGUGGACUUCACAUUUUACAAAAACAAAAUCAAAUCGUACGCAUAGCGAUCAAAAUCGCUGUGACAUCAUACGCACCGUGCCCGGCACCACGCUCUUUUCCAGCUCGGCCAUACAGAUGAAGGAGAAGGAAAAGGAGCGCGAAAAAGAGAAAGACAGAGAUAGAGAUCGUGAACGUGAUAAAGAGCGUGAUCGGGAAAAGGAUAAUGCCAAUAUUGCCAUAACGAUGGCCUCUCCAAAUGCCAAUCAUAAGCCCAAUGCUGCCAACUCGGCUGUAUCCGCCAUGGAACAGUUACGUUCACCUAUCUUAGCGGCUGCUCAACAGCAUCAGCAACCGCAGGAUCAUCCACCCAGUCCACCGGUACGUCAUACAGUCGUACCACCGGAAAUAAAACCGCGUAGUACCAAUAAAAUUGGUAGCCCCAUCAAAUCGCCACCAUUGCCACCCAUACCAGCUGCCAAACCGAAGAACGUCAGUCCGGUUAAAUUCAAUCCGGAACGUGUACGUUCGCCUACAAAGCUGCCCGAUGUGUCGUCUCAACCACCGCCGCCACCUGCCAAAUCGGCAGCUGUCACCGCAGCUCUACAGCGUUCACUACUAGAUGAACAACAAGCUGCAGCCGCCGCCGCUGCUGCCAUUUCGUCAAAUGCGCCAGUACCACCCGAGAAGCCACGUAAAAAAUCCAUUGAUCUCAUUGAGGGCGAAGAACGGCUGACGCCAUCUUCACCCACCUCAGCUACAUUCCAAUAUAUCGCGGUUGCCGCAAAGCGUGGUUCAGUAGACAGUCUAGGUGGUGGCGCUAACGGGCUGAGUGGUAGUGUUAAUUCGGCUACAUCGUCUUCGCCAGCCGCCAGCGCAUCGUCCGGUCCUUGUUCACCGGUUUACACCGAGGAUGAGAAGCAGGAGAAUGAAUCGACUGAGAAAUCGGAAAUUCAGCAGUAUUACAACAGUAUGCCACGUACACGUCGCAGCGAUAACGAAGGACGCUCCAACAAAAACGAACGCCAAGACGUCACCGAUGUCAUGCAUCCAAAUCAACAACAACAACAAAUUCAAACUCAAUCUCAAGCACAAAAUCAUUCCAACAAUAUGUCACCACAACGUACAUCAUUAGCCGCCUCGUCGGCUUCAUCGAAACGCAUCUCAUCAAGCAUUUCUGUGCAAUUACCAGCCGCUGGUUUGGGUUCACGACCAAGCAGCAUCAUCUCAACCAGCGCCAGCUUGGAUGAGGGCGGUUUCAAUGAACCCUCACCGGAGAUCAAAGCCAAACUGAAGCCUGCCUAUGAUUUCGAGUCGGUCAAUGGCCGUAGCGUCACUGGCGUGUGUGCCGAUGUGGAUGAAUGUGACCGCAGCCGUAAGCCAACCGUCGAAGAGGCAGAGAAGCCCAGUUUAAAUUACGUGGAUGUGGGUUAUCGUCUCAAUCCGGACGGUAGUGAAGCGCGUGAAGUUUUUGGCGAGUCGGAACUCUACGACACCGCCAAAGUGACUGAAAUGCAUAAGAAAUUCCAUGCUAAUGGAUUUGCACAGGAGACCACCACCGUGUAUGCAACGAUUAAAACGGAAGUAACAACAGCCGUUGAGCUCUACUAUCCCGGCGGUAAGCUGGCUAAAGAGCAACGCGAACGUGAACGUGUUAGCGGUAUAUUGCAUUCGCCAACGAAAUCCAUUGGCAGCAGUGGUUCACCGGUGAAAACCGCAAUCACCGCCUCACCACCUGUGGGCGUUGUCUCGCCCAUACGUCGACGCAGCUCCGAUGUGAGCGUCAAGUCCACACCGCCCAUGUCACCCACAUCGAUCGGUAGCGGCAGCGGUGGCAGUUGUAGCGGCACAGCAAACACGAACUCGACCAGCAACACACGUUCGAUUUCGUCCAUUGCUGUGGCGGCAGUGGGCCAAAAUAAGGGCAUCGCACCCAUCGCUUCACUCGAUACGCAGGAGGAAUUCGAUAGUUCUGAACUGCCGGCAUUGCCAGAGCGCCCGCCACCGCUUAGUGCGCUAAAUACAACUAUGCUAGCGUCAGCUAGUGACGAGCAGUGCAAUGCUUUGGACAUGCAAGACCUGGAAUAUGCGGACAGUAGCGCUGGCGAGGAUGAGGAUGAUUUGAUGCGCGCAAUCGAGGCGGACGAUGAUGACGAUGAUGUGCAUUUGGAUGUAAGCGAGGCGCCACUAGCCACCGUAGCCGAAGAGGAGGAAGAUGAGAAACUAAUUAUAACAACAGUGGCGGCGACGCAGGUGGUCAUACCGCGCGAAGACAGUCUGCCCGAUGCUAUGACCGCCGACGAGGCGGAACAAUUGUUGAGCUCAAGAAUUUUGGAAAGCAAAAUCAGACAACAGUCGUUGCUCUCGGACGAACAAGCCAAAGAAGUCGAACAGAUACUCUCCGCUGCGCCCACUGUGGGUGUGGCCGUCGCAGCUGUUGUUGCCACAGCCACUUCACCGACGAGCAUUAAAAGUCUAAUCGAAGAAACACAACCAGAAUCACCGCCAACAGGCGAGCAACAACACGACCUUAAAGUUAUUACAGCAACAGCCGCCGUUGCUGACGUCGCCAACGUUGAUACUGGCACAGCAGCUAGUGACCUACGUGCUCCGGCAAGUGGCGGAAGUAAUCCAAUAACUGUCACGUUAACAACAGCUAACGGCGAAGGUGGUCUUGCCUUUGCUGUCGAACGGCAGCACGUCCGCAACGACGGCGAUGAGGAUGAUGAGGAGGAUGACGACGACGACGACGACGACGGGGAUGUCGACAUAGUUGGCAUUGGCGCCGCACCUGCACACAUUUUGAAUGCGACCUUCACAAAAGCGGACAGCUCCAAUGCUGUAACUAGCAAGGCCAACAGCAACAGCAACUCCAACAACAAUAGUAAUAAUAAUACACAUGACGACGAUGAGCCCGAAUGGCUACGUGACGUACUUGAAGCGCCUAAUCGCAGUCUUGAGAAUUUGCUAAUUUCCCGCUGCACAGCUGCCAACGAACGCCGACGUUCGGAGGACAGUCAAAGUGGCAGUGGUGCUGGUUUGGUGGGUGUUGGUGUUGAAAGUCGCGUUGAAAGUAAACAUUCCGAGUUGGUAACAGCUUCGAAAGUCGAGACCAGCUACGAUGCCGACAAUGAUUCGACACUUUUCAUACAACAACAACAAGACACGCAAACAUCGCCCAGCAAACAAGAGCUGCAGUCACAGCAAUCACUGUUGAAUCAAACAUUUAUCCAAGAUCAAAGCAGUCUAACGCCACAUGGUCAAACGGGCGAAUCGUUGCAAGAAUCGAUUGUGUCCGUUGAGUCAACGCAAUCUGAUGGCACUCUUAAUCAGACGACAACCAUCGAUGAUAGCAUAAUCUCAAGCAAACAUAAUUCGACCUACUCAUUGGCUGAGGGUGAACUACAUUCAAUUAAUACAAAUACGACUACAACCAGUCUUGGUGCAGAACUCGACGACUCACAAUUCUACAUACCCGAAUAUCCGCCAGUGAAGAGUAAGGAAGUCUAUGUGGAGUCGGGUGUGCAUUACUUUGAAGAUGGCAACUUUUGGAUGGAAGUUCCUGGACUGCUGGACUUUGAUGACGAUGAACUCUCCUACCCGCCAAUACCAGUGAAAAAGAAUACCAAAGUACGCUUCAGUUCGGGACCCAUACAAGUAUUUUCAACAUUCUCCGUAACUGAUUAUGAUCGCCGCAAUGAAGAUGUCGAUCCCGUUGCCGCUUCAGCCGAAUAUGAGCUGGAGAAGCGUGUCGAGAAGAUGCACGUCUUCCCGGUGGAAUUGAUGAAAGGACCCGAAGGUUUAGGUUUGAGCAUUAUUGGCAUGGGCGUUGGCGCCGAUGCUGGUCUCGAAAAAUUGGGUAUAUUCGUAAAGACGAUAACCGAUAACGGCGCGGCAGCACGCGACGGACGCAUACAGGUCAACGAUCAAAUCAUCGAAGUCGAUGGCAAAAGUUUAGUGGGCGUUACGCAAGCGUAUGCCGCAUCGGUGUUACGCAACACUUCCGGUUUGGUGAAAUUUCAAAUUGGACGUGAACGUGAUCCGGAAAAUUCAGAGGUGGCGCAAUUGAUACGCCUGAGUCUGCAAGCGGAUCGCGAGAAGGAGGAGAGACUGAAAAGACAACAAGAGGAGUACUUGCGUCGUACGCUCGACUACUCGGAGGACUCCACACAACCGGUUUCGGCCAACUCUAGUGUUUGCGAGGGACCCUCGAGUCCCGUACAAGUCGAACAUCCAAUGGAGGUCGAGGCUACACACUCACAGGAGGUAGAGUCUCUGAAGAGGCUGCUACAGGAGAGCGAAUUGAGUUGCCUGUUGAAAGACGACAUUAUUGAUACGCUUAAGCGUAAGCUCGUCAAACUGGAAACCACCGGCAAUGAAAAUGAGCUACUCAGCGAGCGUCUGCGCCAAAGCGAACGCGAGCUCACCAAUAUCAAAAAAGAGGCUUCAAAUCUACAGAAUAUGUUACAACAAUCACAGGCGCAAUAUAUGGCGCUCGAUAAGAAAUACAACAAAGCCAAACGUUUGGUACGUGAAUACCAACAACGCGAAGUGGACAUGUGUCAUCGCGAGGAAUUCUACCAGCAACUGUUGCAGGAGAAAGACACCGAAUACAAUGCACUUGUUAAGAAACUGAAAGAUCGUGUCAUCAAUUUGGAACACGAAUUGCAAGAGACACAACGUAAGGCCGGCUUUCCCGUUGGUUUGCCCUACGACAGCGCUACGCUCAAGCUGACGCCACAAAUGAUGCGUAAAACGCCGCCAAAACCGUUGUUCCAGAAACUCGAAACGGAAUUGUCCGAUACGGAGAUUUCCGAUCUAUCACCCGAUGGCGAGGGUGUCAAAACGGCGACUGUGGAACGUAAAGUGCCAAUUAAAGAUGAAUUGGAUGCCGCCGUGCCGCAGCAUGAACUUCUGGACAAUACCGUUACAAAGACGAAAAUCGAUUUAGCAUCACGUGGUGGUUUAGCUAAUCGCCAGCUGCCUUCAACAGCAAACAACAGCAACAACAACUGCAAUACAACAAACACUGCAACUACUAACAACGCCAGCGUUAGCGCAACCACAAACGCCACUGCCGUCGCCACCACCAACAACAGCAACAGCAGCAGUAGCAACAGCAACAGCAACAAUAGCCAAAUUUACAGCGCCCCCACAGCCGCUAACAGCACUACUAACGCCCCCAGCCACAGCCACAGCAGCAGCAGCAACAGCAACAGCAGCAAUAAUAACGGCAUCAAGAGCAUCACUUUCGGCAAGCGCACGCUCAGCAACAGCAGCUCUGACUGUGCGCUCGAAGACAGUGAGGACGAUGGCACCGCCACCACGGUGGCGCAUGUGCACGCCAGCGCCGCCUCCGACAGCAACGGGCUCUCGAACGGCAGCAAUGGCAGUAGCGUUAUCCACCGUAGUUAUUUACAGCAACAGCAACAUGCCACCAACGGUCAUCACAGCAAUGUGGGCGCGGGCACCACAACUGCCAUACUGUUGAAUUCGACCGCCACAGCGGGUAGCGGUGUGGCGACUGCGCGCGAACAGCAAAUCAAUCAGCUGUAUGCUCAAGUGCAUAAGGAUCAUAAUAAGAGCGCCGUAGCGGCAGCGGCAGCAGCUGCCGGUCUUGGUCAUUCGACCAUACCGAAUAUAUUUAAGAAUGCUAUUGGUUCGCCGCCCGACGUCAGCGUUGGUGUCGGUGUCGGUGUCGGUGUCGGCGGCAUUGUUGGCGGUGUUGGCGAUUUCCAUCGCAGCAAUAUGACAACGUUCGGUACUAGCAGUCGUGAUCUCAAUAGUUCAUACGAUUCCAUUUUAGGCUCAAACGAUAAACUCUCCGAGAAUGAGCAAUCAUCGGAGAAUUGGAUGUAUCCGAGUCGUCGACGUGUCGGACCGACUGGUGCCAUUAUAAGUGGCAAAAUGCCACCAUCAUCAUUUACGGAACAACUAAAUCAGGCGCUCUCCGAACGUGAGAGACGACUUGGUGAUGGCUCCUCGCGUCAUUCCAGCGAUGAUUACACCGAAAUCAAUAAAAGCCAAAGCACAGCGGCCAUAAACUGUAAGACACUAAUCAAUGAAAUACGACAAGCGGUGAAUGAGGCGCAGCCCAAAGUGCCAUGGCAACAGCAGCAGCAACAACAGCAGGCGACCGGACCACCCUCACCCACUAGCAUGUCAUCGGGCUGCUCCUCACCCGGCUACUCGCCCAGUCGUGCCAUUGAUUUGUCCGGUUCGAGCAGCAGCUUUUCGGAUCGCAAGGCAGCCGCUUGCUACAAUUACAAAGGCGGACCCGUGCAUGAAUGGACCAAGGAGCAGGUUGGCCACUGGCUGAUGGGCAUCGAAUUGGAGCGUUACAUACCCGUUUUCAAGGAGCACAACGUUGAAGGCGGCGCACUGCUGUCGCUUGACUCGAAAGACUUCAAAACGCUCGGCGUCAGCGGUGACGACAAACAUCGACUGAAGCGUCGUCUCAAGGAUCUCAAGGCGAGCAUCGAAAAGGAGCGCAAAGAUCAGGAGCGCGAGCGACGCGAACGCGAGAAAGCUAUACGCAAAGCAGAGAAAAAAGCGGCCAAAAAGAAAUAGGCUUAGUUCAAUUAGUAACAACUAAAUAGUAUGCUGAAACUCAAAGUAAAAGUAAAAUAAGUGGUAACACACAACAACAAAAAAUAUAUAAAAUAUAUAAGAAAACAAUUAGCAGUUAUAGUAAGUAGUCAUAAUAGAAAUUAUAGUAAAGUUUAACAAGUAAAACAAUCGAUAAUUAAUGCACUUAAAAGUAAGCAACAACCAAAAAUAUGUACUCUAUGGUAUAUACUAAGCAGCACAUAAAUGAGUGGUCACAGAUGCGUUUCGCGUGUUGGCGAGUGGUGUGGUCAGUUGUUGUGGAAGUGGUAGAAAAUUAUUUGAUUUUUGUAAAUGAUUUUUUCAAUAUAAGUUUGACAUCGCUAAUUUGUACUUUAUAAACAAGCAAGUAAGAAAAUCAAAAUGAAAUAAUUUUUUACACUCUAUAACUCAACUGAAAUUGGUACGUGUUUUUGUUUAAAUAAUAAGUAAUUUAUUAUAAUAUAAAAAAGCUUCAAAUUGUAAUUUUAAAUUUUAAGUAAAUUUUACGAAAUUUGAAUGUUCACCGAAUAUUACUAUGAAGUUUAGCGUAUAAGUCACUAGAUGUGUGUGUAUGCACAGCACUUGAACGAAGCAGCAGCUGCGACACUGGAAUGAAAAUUGAAUUUACAAAAAUUAAAUAUAAAAUGGCAGAACAUUUGAAA